AGCAACUGCACAAGCUAAGGUCACACUUCCCGCUAUUUAUUGAAUUUGUUAAUGUUUUGAAAUUAUGUUUGUUUUGACCAAAGAUGACGAAAAGUUUGUGUUGUUUCCUGGUAAGAAGGUGUACACCAUUGGUCGCCUGGGCACGGAUUUAAUUGUUGCGCAGGACCUCAGUAUAAGUCGCAAUCAUGCCAAGCUCAUCCAGCCGGAUGCGGAUGGUGAUGACACCCUCCAUAUCGAGGACCUUGCCUCCAGAUAUGGCACCUUCAUUUUUCCCAAGCAUUCCCAGAAGCCGCGCAAGGUGCCUGCCAAGACAUUGACUCCAUUGCCUGUGGAAACACGCGUGCGAUUUGGCGCUAACACGAGCAUUUGGCAGGUGACCCAACUGAAGUUGGUCACAACUGUCUCCGCAUUGACGCGUCUUGAGGUCCAAGAGCUGACGAAGAUGCUUGAACCCAUGGGCGGCACGGUCACUUCGAACUGGACCGAUGACUGCACCCAUCUCACCAUGAACGAAGUCUCGGUGACCGUGAAACUACUCCACGCUAUGCUUGAAAAUAAACCAAUCGUCACAUUCGCGUACUGGCGAAAGAUGCUGCAGUCAGCGCAGAGCAUUCAUGUCAAGGAAGGAUGGCCACAGCCAGAGGACUUUCAGCCCACUAACAUAGAUGUCACCUGGCGUCCCGAGCGCACGCGUCUUUUCGCCGGCAAAACGUUCGUCUUCAUGAACCGCAAACACUUUGAUAUGUACGGAUCAGUGGUGCAGAAAGCUGGAGCCACUUGCAAGGAUAUUAAUUCGGGUGUGCGCAAAACAUUCCUAACUAAGAGUGAUGUGAUAGUCAUACAGUAUGUGCCUUCUUCCCAGUCUCAGGCCACUGAAUCAAUCAAUAGUAUACAAGAUAUUCUGGAGCAAAAUGGUCGACGUAUUAUCCAGGAGUACGAGAUUGGCAUGGCCUUGAUCCAUUGCUCUAUAACAGAGUUCUGCAAUCCAACGCACAAGUUUAUUAUCUCAGAUUCAUUGCCCACCACGGAAUCUGUAACUUCCUCGAUGGCCUUUAACUCUUCGAUCAUUGUACCCAACACGGAACGCAACUCGGCGCAAUCCAAUGCAAUGCCCAUUUCUGAAUUUGUGGUGCCCGAGUCAAAUGAAUGCGAAAUGGACCAAGGAGCUUCCAUGCCCGUUUCGGAGCCGCAAUCUUCCUUGCGUAAGCGGAGUCAUGCCUUAACAGUCGACUCCUCGGAUGAAGAGCAAAAAUCAACAUUGUCCAAACGAGCUAAAUCGGUGAUCGCUACGAAACUGAACAAGAAAUCAAAUAUUGCCAUAGAGUUGGACUCGUCUAAUGAUGAAGAUGUGACACCAGCUCCUGCGCCUGCUCCAGUUCAACGCGUAACAAGGCGUAGCAAAAUUAUCCCAGAGGAGAUACCCGUACAACCACCUGUUCGAGCUGCGAGUAAGCCCAUAACACGUAGAACCAAACAGGUAUAUUGUGUUGACUCGUCGGAUGAGGAGAACGAAAAUGCCCAGAAACCGAAAGAAACACCAGCUACGGUGCCCAUAGCCACUUCGUUGCCCAAGAAGAAAACAGAAACAUCAGCUGCAACCAGGAUUUCGCCACGACUCAAUGGCAAAUCAUUGGCCACAAAUAUUACAAACCAACCGGCUGACAAGCAUGUAGUGCCACCAAAACGCCCUGUUUUAUCGGUGGCCUCGUGUGACGAAGAAGAUGAAGGCGACCUAUUUCAAUUCCGAAAAUCUCCACAGAAGAAAACAGAGUCUGUGAUUCAGCCGAAGUCGGGCAGCAAAGGCAAAACGCCAGCCAAAAUCAGUGUGGUCGACUUUUUGGAGAAAUCACAGCCACAAGAGGCCGCUUCAGUGCCUCCCCAGUCGGAGUCCCAAUCCCAGACACAACCGCGCAAGCGUCUACGCCUGGAGCUGCUAAACGAAAGCGACAGCGACGAUUGUGAUAACCUCUUCAACUUUGCAGACAGCAAAAAGAAAAGAAAGACGCAGGAGGCUCCGAAAAAUGAUGACUCCACCGAUGGCUUGUUCAACUUUAACUCUGAAAGACAGAGUGAUCAAGAUGACGAGGAUUCCCGGUUAACCGAACCCUUUGUACCCGAAGUGGAAAACAAAAAAGAAACCAAGUACGUAGUGGCGCCGCGUACGGAGAGGCCCAGGAAAGUAGACACCAGUGGUUGGUUAUCGUGUAGCAGGCUACACGUUGAUAUCAAACCUGAAAUAGACGCCGAUUCGGUUAAGCUGGAAACCUCCAUUAAGGCGGAGCCCGAUGAGGAGCAGUGGCUGGCCGCCAUGAAGGACAGCAUCGAGGUGCGCAUGUGCAACUUGAACAUUGUCAUUCGCUCCCAGGAGGAGGUGGAUGCUUCUCUUGAGGAUUCUGUAAACAAGCAUGUCGGCCGCAAGAACUUUAAGAAGUUUGUAAAGACCAAAAAUCCCCAUCCACAAAAGCGAGUUGUGGCGCUUAAGAGUCUGCGGCUGGCUGAUGGUGUAGUAACCAGCGUUUAAUGUCGUGUCUAAAUGUAAUUUAUCGUCGCUUGUGAAGUUACUUUAUUUUGUUAACAAUAAACUUGCGAAAUAUG